AUUCCAAUAAAAACAUACCUUGCUCAACGACCAAACAUCUUCGGCGUUGUCAGCUCAGCGAUCAUCAUCCACGACAACCAGGUUUUGCUAGUCCAGCGCGCUGCCGACGACGACGAGCCCAAUCUCUGGGAAACUCCCGGUGGCACCGCCGACGCCGACGAAACAGGCGUCCAAUGUGCCGUCCGCGAACUCCGCGAGGAGGUCGGCCUUGUCGCAUCUCGUGUCGGUGACAUGAUCGGGGAAUACGAGUGGAUUGAAGAUGGUACCAAACUUUGGAGGAUCUUCGUAUUUCUCAUCGACGUCGAUGGCAUUACCAGGAGCACGGAGAUCAAGCUGGACCCAAAGGAGCACCAGGCUUACUUGUGGGCAACGGAGACGGAAGUGCGGCAGGGGAUCUGUGGUGGUAUAAGACUGAACUGGAUAUCGGAAAGCCAGCAUAAAGCGAUACUGACAGCAUUU